AUGUCUUACAAGCCGCUCGAAGGCAGGCUCGCAGUCCUGACAGGGGCAUCAGGAAGAACUGCCAUCGCAGAUAACCUCGCCUCCAAGGGCUGCAACCUCGUCCUGAGUUACUUUGUCCCUGAAUCAGCCCCUGCUGCCGAGGAUCUUUCCAUUGCGCUGCAGUCCAAGUACGGCAUCAAGGCUUUCGAUGUCCGUGGGGACCUCGCCAAGCCAACCGGUCCUGCAGACCUCGUGAGUGCUGUCAAGAAGCACUUCACCGAGCUCGAGCCGAACAAGCCUUUCCAAAUCGACGUCUUGCUAAACGUGGCCGGUAUCGCUCUCAACAACAAGCUCCCCGAUAUCAAGGCGUCAGAGUUCGACACUACGUUUCGUAUCAACGUCCUGGCCCCUCUGAUGCUCGUGCAGGCUGUCCAGCCGUACCUUCCCAAAGACCGCUCCGGGCGCAUUAUCAGUGUCUCAUCAAUUUCCGCCCAUUGCGGCUUUGUUGGGCAGGCAGUAUAUGGUGGGACUAAGUCAGCCAUUGAGGGUAUGACGCGCGUGUGGGCACGGGAACUUUCCGAGAACGCCACAGUGAACUGCGUCACUCCAGGCCCUGUGGAGGGACCGCUGUACGCGUCCAACACGGAUGAAUUCAAGAGGGAAGCCAAGGGCUGGAUCGAGCACACGCCGCUUAUGCGUGUGAGGAGCGGCAUCGACCCCGAUGACGUUGUAGAGGAGGCGAAGACGACGGGAGGACGACCCGCAUACGCGCAUGAGGUUGCGGGAAUCAUAGCCAUGCUUUGCCUCCCGGAUGCGGCAUGGUGUACGGGGCAAGUUGUUUGUGCCAACGGUGGCAUGCUGAUGUGA